UUUUUAUUGCUUUUCGUCAGUGAGAAUGGCAAGGAUUCGGAUUCCUAGCACAAUCGUUAUACUUUUUGUUACGGUUCAGACUGGAUUCUUACUCUUCAUGUAUGCCCGGUACAGUAGCUUUGUGCCUCAGUCUGAGGAGAAACCAUCUCAAGUCCACAUCCUCAUUCUAUCCUCCUGGCGGUCAGGAUCUUCUUUUGUCGGUCAACUUUUCAGCCAGCACCCCAGCGUCUUCUACCUGAUGGAGCCUGCGUGGCACGUGUGGGUUACGAUGUACCAGAACAGUGCCAAGGUCUUGCACAUGGCUGUGCGGGACCUAGUCAGGUCGGUCUUUCUGUGUGACAUGUCUGUGUUUGAUGCUUACAUGCCUUGGAAAAGAAACUUAUCUGAUCUUUUCCAGUGGGCAGUGAGUCGGGCUCUGUGUUCAGCUCCUGCUUGUGACUCCUUUCAACGUACUGACAUAACCAGUGAAAUGGCAUGCAAGACUCUUUGUGGACGGUACCCAUUCAGCAAGGUGGAGGAGGCCUGUAAAACUUACAGCCAUGUUGUCAUCAAGGAGGUUCGAUUCUUUGACUUGAAGGUCCUCUACCCGCUUCUUACUGAUCCAUCCCUGAAUCUCAAAAUUAUUCAUUUGGUCCGUGACCCCAGGGCAGUCGUCAAGUCACGGGAACAAUCGGUCAAAGCAUUAGCCCGUGACAAUGGAAUUGUUUUGAGUACCAAUGGCACUAAAGUGGAAGACACCAAAUACAAAGUAAUGCAAGAGAUUUGUAGAAGUCACGUUCAGAUUUAUGAAACUGCCACUCUAAAACCACCUAAUUUCCUUAAAGAUCGCUAUUUAAUGAUCCGUUUUGAAGAUCUGGUCAGAGAUCCAUUAUCAGAAAUCUCAGAAAUGUAUAAAUUUGCAGAUCUUAGUUUGACCCCCAUGCUCAAAAGCUGGAUCUAUAAUAUCACACAUGGACAGGGAUCAGGAAAAAAAAAGGAAGCCUUCAAAAUCACAUCUCGAGAUGCAGUUAGUGUGUCACAGGCCUGGAGAAAUGUUCUUUCCUUCCAGAAAAUUAAGAAAAUACAGGAAGUUUGCAAAGGUGCUAUAAACAUGCUUGGCUAUCAGCUGGUGGAUUCAGAAAAAGAACAAAGAGAUCUGUCAUUGGACUUAGUGUUACCAAGACGACAGAAUCAAUUCAGUUGGUCAUCAUUUAAUCCAGAGCACUGAGACAUUAGAGAGAUC